GCCUUCAUCCACCAGGGCGGGCCUUUCCUGUGUCGCUGCUACAGGGACACCAAGAUGGAAAUCCAGGGGCAAAACAUUCCCUGUCAACAUGGCGCCCUACACAGACCCGCUUCACCCCCUCUUCGGUCUGCUUCAGGGUCGAUCCAGCACUUUAUCUCCCCUGACCCGGAAGCGGAGGGACGACUGGAGUCUUCAUCUCACCCACAAGAUGAGAACAAUAACAGAAGCAGGCCGAAGACUUCUGAGCUUCACCUGGUGGAGGAAGAUGGCAGCGGGUCGGUGUGUUCGUCUGUCAAACAGAGACCAGUUAACAACAAAUGUGUCCGUAACGUGAACAGAUCGGGACCUGGACUUCAUCACAUAAACACAGAGAAUCUACUGAAUUCACUGCAUGGCUCUCAGGAGUGUGUGAGGACAGCCUGGAGGUUCGGGGUAGACAUGGCGCUGCCCUCCUCCUCUCAUGAAGGGGAGGAAGAGGACUUCACGUUACCGUUUCCAGCUUUACGGCAGCAGCGAGAGGACGGACUCAAGCAGACUCCUCAGACCAGCACCCACAUAGGCUCCACCACCACGGAGGACAGGGCCCACAAACCCCAGGAACAUGUCGUUUUUAACAAAGAGGGUGUUAACGAUGAAGGGAACACACACGGAGCGGAUUUAUUCACCUGCGGGACAAUGAAAGGUAAAACCCCGCAGAGCUCCACCAGCAGCCCGCACGGCUCCAUGGAGGCUGGGGACAGCAGCGACCUGAUUCUGUGUGAAUCCAACGACAGCUUUAAUAACUACCUGGACUCUCAGGUGCUGAAGAAAGCCGAGCAUGUCUUCAAUCUGCUGAAUGAUACCUCUGUUAUGGGUAACGCGAAGCAGGCGAUCUACCAGCACAUCGUAGAGGACGUGGUUCUGACAAACAAAUAUGGCGAUAAGGUUUGUGGUCAGAUCUCUACUGAACAUAGUGAGAGUAAGCUGCUGAAGGAGGGUCCGUCUCAAUCCGGAUUGGUUUCAGGGACUCCUGUCAUCUUAGAAACCAUGGACACCUCGGACUUUAUUUCAGACUCAGUGUUACAGCAGGACUCUGUAAACCCGGGCACGGCCUCCACUAGUCCGCCUGCCAGUGAGACCUUUUCCGGGACUAUCACCAUAAACAACCAAAGCAUCAUAGUGACUAUUGAAAACGGGGUCCUGACUCUCGCUGCCCCCCCUGAAGGAUAUGUACACAAAGAGGACGACAUGAUCAGCCUAAAGGAGCACCUUGGCAUGAAAGACCAUGAGGAUAUAGUCCUUCUGAACUAUGACAGUGGGACUAAGUCCAUCGGUAAGAUCAGCACCUUGGCAGUGUCCAGCUCCUGUCCGCAGGAUGAGCCCAGACCUGGUAUGUCUGUGAGUGACUCUGAGCUGGCUUUGGUGGAUGACUGCUCCUUAUCAGAGCUUGGCACCUCUCUGGACUCCUGUCCUAUUAUUAAACAGGAGGCAGGGGAGCUUUGUGCUGUAACAGAGGCAGACCUGGUCGCCCCACACCCCAAAGUGACAGACCGGGACAGUGGGGACUUUCAAUCUGUUCAGCUGAUCAGAUCCAAGAAAGAGACCGUGACCUCUUUUAAUUGCCCAGAACCAGCGUGCAACUCUACGUUUGACUCCCGUCAAAAACUCAAGGUCCACCUUCUGAACCACGCUGAGGACCCCCGCCCCUACCAGUGCACAGUGGAGGGCUGCGGCUGGGCAUUCGGCACCUCUUACAAGCUGAAGCGGCAUCUUCAGUCCCAUGACAAGCAGCGACCACACACCUGUCAGUUUGAGGGCUGUGGGCGGCGGUUCACCACGGUCUACAACCUGAAAGCUCACAUCAAAGUCCAUCAGCAGGAUAACGCCUUCGUCUGCGAGAUCUGCAGCGAGAGGUUUCGGAGCGCAUCCAGACUCACCAAUCACCAGAGGGUCCAUUUUGAGCCACAGAGGCCCCACAAGUGUGAAUUUCCUGGCUGUGAGAAAACCUUCAUCACCUUCAGUGCCCUGUUCUCCCACAAUCGCACUCACUUUAGAGAAACAGGCCACUUCACCUGCACCUUCCCAGGCUGCGACAAGACCUAUGACAAAGCCUGUCGUCUCAAGAUUCACAUGAGGAGUCACACCGGUGAGAGGCCGUUUGUCUGCGACUCAGAGGGCUGUGGCUGGUCCUUCACCAGCAUGUCCAAGUUACUCCGACAUAAACGGAAACACGAUGAUGACCGUCGCUUCGUCUGUACGGAGGAGGGAUGUGGAAAAUCCUUCACCAGGGCCGAGCACCUCAAAGGUCACAGUAUCACACAUCUGGGCACCAAGCCCUUCCAGUGCCAUGCAGAAGGCUGUACUGCCCGGUUUUCAGCACGCAGCAGCCUGUACAUUCACUCCAAGAAGCAUAAGCAGGACGCCAGCACCCUAAGGAGCCGCUGUCCCGUGGCUAACUGCUCAAAGCACUUCUCAUCCCGCAGCAGCCUUAAGAGCCACAUGCUCAAACACCACCACCUCAGUCCUGAUGUCCUCAGCCAGAUGGAGACCACCCCCACCCUGACCCCCAGCAGUGAGCUCAUCAGCUCCACCCCUACAACAGUUGCAGGGCCUGGUAUUGUUGGGGGUGACCAGCUGCCCAACUUGGACCUCAGCUCUCUCUUUUCGGCUGUGCCUGGAGUCACGGCACCUACUGCUGGUAUGGGAGUUGGAAUUCCUGUCAGUGGGAGCAGCUCUAGUGGGACCUUCACCAUGGACCUCUCUCUGGUCAGCUCAGGCAUCCUAACCAUCGACCCCACCUCAGUGGGCUCCACACUCUGCACUAGCAGCAGCACCAUGCUGGCCAAACCUGUGGACCCUUUGAUCCUGGCUGCUACUGCUGACAUGUCCUCGCACCACGGUCUGGAAGGAACAGUCGGGGACGUCCUGCCCCCACAGGGCACCCUCAACCUGGACGAUGUGCAGACCGUCACCCCGGAGGCCCUGAGCACCCUCACAGCUCUCGCCAUGCAGGGUGCUGGUGUGUCUGUCGACCCUCCUCUUCAGCACCCGCUCAGCUCCUCCAGUGCUCUGAGUGUGGAGCCCUCCGCCUCCCUGGCUGUCGCCCCUGUCACUGAGCUGCUGGCAUCACCCUCCAAGGUGGUGGACGUAGGCGGCCAGGGGGGAGCGGGGCCCCUGCUGGGUUGUGUGGAGGUGCUAGGACCCCAAGAGGGAGGAAAAGUCCUCACCCAGUUUGUUUUCCCAGGGACCAACAGCAGCUUCAGCCCGCAGAAAGAGCAGGAACUCAACGCUGUGUCCCCGAGCAGCUUCUUGGAGAGUGGAGGAUCAGCCAGGACGGACUACAGAGCCAUCCAGCUGGCUAAGAAGAAGAAGCAAAGAGGCCCCUCAGCCUCCUCAGGGAGUCCAGGAUCUAGUCAGAGGAAAUCUAAAGGGGGGAAGGCAGCCACGGCCCCAGCACUGAUGGCCCCCUCGGGUGCUCGUUAUGCUGAAGGAGCUGCAACAGCCAAUGGGGGGCUGACUCUGCGCGACCCUGUGACUGGUGCACAGUAUGUUCAGAUUCAGCUGCUGCAGGAUGACCCAGCCAGUGAUGGAGACCUGGCCUUCCAGCUGAGCUCUCAGCCCUCCAGCUCCCACUCUCAGCUCACUGCAGACCUGCCUGUCAACAUUUUACAAUAAAGAUGGUGAACCUGUUUCCUCACAGGAGCCUUCAGUGAUGACGGAGGAUGACAACGGCUCAGACAACUCUCAGUUCACAGGGAGCACAAUCAACCUUCAGGACCUGGAGUGAGCAGCGGGGGCUGCAGAUGGAGGUCUGCUGUCACGACAGACCUCACUGGCACCCUGUGACCCUCCACAGUUUACACCUUUAAGAUAUUCAGCUCAUCAAACAGCUGCCUCCUCUGGUGAAUUGAGUCUGGGGGGUCGGGGGUGUGUGGAUGCGAGUCCACAGAUACUGCACCUUGAAGAGAGGAGAUACUGAUCAUGUGUCCAGAAGAUUAUCAUGUGUUUCUUUCUAAAGUCCAGUUUGUACCAAAAUCCGACCUUGGAGCGUUUUUAUGUCAGAGACACAGAGGUUUUUUCUUCCUCUGUGGAUUCGGACUGUACGGUGUCUACUUCAUGGUGCCACAUUGCCACUCAUGCACACAGCGGCCGUCUUUGCUCCAGUUGCCUUACAGACGCCUCACGCUGUGCAUUCCUCCACCGGCGAGUUUCCUGCUUUCUUUGUUUUUCUUUCUCUUUUGCUGUUUUGAUUUCUAAUCUUAUGUUAGAUUUAUUUUUCUAUGGCAGCAGUGAGUUCGUGUUGAAAACAUGUCUCUUUAUUAGUUUAUGAACAGUUACUACCUUAUUGUAAUAAUUUUAUCUGUUUGUUAUUUAUUGUUUAGCGAUGGGUUUACAGAAUGGCAGAGCCAAACACAGAAUUAAAGAAUCAAAGCACAAUCAAAA